AUGGUCUUGUCGUCAAAUUGGUUGAAGCUUCAAGCCGCUCAGACUUCCUCUGGUACUCCCGCGAAACAUGUUUCAAAGUCGAAAAAAAAGGAUUCACCAAAUGCUGCUGUCCAAAAUGUCAAGAAAGUAUCGAAACCUGCAAAAUCUACAAAAUCUGCAGACGUUGUGAGUUCUCGAGGCAACAAGAACACUACGAAAGGAAAAGGUGCUAAAGUGCCCGUCAGAAGCAAGCAGAAUAUCAUGAAAAUGGUGAAUUCCAUGACGGAGGAAAUCAACAGAUUGGAAGAUCAAAAAGUAAAAGCUAGCAAACCUGGGGAUUCUCGUGCUCUUGCCGUCGACCUGGAACAGUCAUUAAAAGCUGACGGAGAGGACAGAAAUUCUCAAAGAGCCUCAGAGGUGGGCAAAUAUGUGUCUCUGGAUUGCGAGUUUGUGGGUGUAGGCCCUGAAGGCAAAGAUUCGGUUCUUGCUAGAGCUACAGUGGUUAAUUUCUUUGGCCACGUUGUGCUGGAUGUUCUUGUGAAACCACAGGAGAAAGUGACAGACUGGAGGACCUGGGUGAGUGGUAUACGGCCUCAAGAUAUGUAUAAAGCGGUCCCGUUUCCGGUUGCUCAGAAACAGGUUGCUGAGACCCUACAAGAUAGGAUACUGGUGGGACAUGCCAUCAACCACGAUCUUCAAGCGCUAUUCCUUUCACACCCUCGUAGUAUGAUAAGAGAUACCUCUAGGCACAUACCGUUCAGAAAGAAAUACGCAGGUGGCAAAACGCCCAGCUUAAAAAAGUUGGCCAAAGAGGUAUUGGGUGUGGACAUUCAAGGCGCAGAGCACUCGCCGAUUGAAGAUGCUAGAGCCACGAUGCUCAUCUACAAAGCUGACCGUAAGGAGUUCGAGCGACUUCAUAAAAUAAAAUUUGGGUCGAACACGUAG